AAAAAUAUGCAUUUUGUACUAUAUCCUACAUGUCAGCCAAGUACUCUAGUUAUUUAACUAAAAUUGUAUUAAAGUGUUAAGUGACAUUAACUUAGCCCUAAAUGUAAUGCCCUCAAGAGCUGCAUUUCAUAGUUAAAAUUCAGAGAAAAAGAUGACAUUUUUCAUGGAAAGGCUUAAAAAGUGCAAAAGAGAUGAGGAGACUGUUUCUUGCAGUGAAAAGGGAGACCUAGACUGUGAGGUUCAGGGAAAUUUUGAGAAGCUGAUUGCUGACUUGCAACAUCCAGACCCUCAUCAUGAUCCAGAUCAAGCACCAGAGUUUUUUGCUGAACUUGAAGAAGGACAACACCCCGAGUUUCUGGUAUUUGCCUGCUCAGACUCUCAGGUGAGCCCUUCUCAUAUCCUGGAUUUCCAACCCGGGGAAGCCUUCAUGGCCCCCAACAUUGCAAAUAUGGUUACUGCAUUUGAACAGACUGAACACUCUGGAGUUGGUGCUAUCAUUGAAUAUGCUGUUGGCAGUCUUGAGGUAAAAAACAUCCUGGUCAUUGGACAUAGUCGAUGUGGUGGAAUAAAAAGGCUCAUGCCUCAUCUAGAGGAUGGUUAUCUGAUGAAAUUUGACUUCAUCGACAAUUGGAUCAGAAUUGGUUUACCAGCAAAAGAAGAGGUCCAAGAAAAGUAUUGGAAUCUGCCACUAGGAAUUAGUGAAGAACACAGUGAGAAAUCUGAUGUUUACCCAUAUGCGAGCAAGGCAGUAAUGUAUGGAACGCUGAAACUGUGGGGAGGUUACUAUGACUUUGUCAAUGGAGCGUUCGAGCUUUUGGAUGAUGCACAUAUCAUCCCAGUCCAAACCCUAUCCCAACCCCUAUUAUCCCCUGAUUCUCAAAAUGAGCUAUGAUGAUUAAACAACACUACUGUUCAUUUUCCUUGUUCAAGAACAAAGCAGAGCUGCUCAGUUCUGACUUCUGGGCUUGUUAUUUUAUGACCAAACACCCCCCCCCACCUACCCCCUUCUUUUUUUGUUCGAGAAUAAGUCGUAUAACAUGAA